AUGUUCCUGGUGCUGCCGUUCCUUCCCGCGUCCAAUCUUUUCGUGACGGUGGGAUUCGUUGUAGCUGAGAGAGUCCUCUACAUCCCCAGCGUUGGUUGGACCCUGCUGGUGGUUUACGGGGCUCAGGUGACCUGGACUGCGGUUCCACGGCGGAGAAGCUUGAUCACCACCGGUGUGGUCACUCUCCUGAUCCUGGGAUGCUGCCGAACCGUCCUGCGCAAUCGGGAUUGGACGUCCCGAGAAACGUUAUUGAGAGCGGGCCUGAGUUCGCUGCCACACAAUGCCAAGAUGCACUACAACUUCGCCAACUUCCUCAGAGAUACCUCCCAGCCAAACCGGGCGGUCCUCCAUUACCAGCUUGCCCUUUGGCUCUGGCCCUCUUAUGCGAGCGCCCACAACAAUUUGGGAACACUGACUGCUGGGGAUCAGGCUGAGAAGCAUUUUCUCGCAGCAAUUCAUGCCCAACCGGGACAUGUAAAUGCGCACUACAACCUCGGUCAAUUGUACAGGAAGACGAACAGGACCGAGGAGUGCAUCAGGAUGUUGCAGAAGUGCGUGUCCCUGGACCCCGCCUACACACCUGCUUAUCUUGUCUUGGCAAGAUUAGCAAAGGGUCCAGCUGCAGGUGCACUUCUGAGACACGUCGUGAGACUGCAGCCAAAAAGUCCGGACCACAUCGCGGAGUAUGCGUCUUGGCUCCAUGGGAAUGGAAAGUGGCUUCCCUCCCUGAAGUACUACCUGAAGGGCAUGGAAGCAUCUCCAUCUCACAGGGCGUCUCUUCUAGGCACGGCAAAGAUCCUGAGAUCGAGAGGCCAGUGGCCCAGAGUGCAUCAGCUGAUCACGAGGUGGCAUUUGAUGCUAAGGGCGAGAAGGGGUGGCCGGAUAUACCGAGGUGAUCUCUACAUACGAGCUUGGCAGCUCCAGAGCGAGUCCAGGCGCAGGGCUCAUCAGCAUCAAGGGAACCUUUGUCUGUCGGAGGCAGGAUGUACAUCGCCACGCGUGGCGAGCGUCUCGGUGCAAUUGGAGCAAGACAGCAACAAAUCGGAGCAAUUGGAGCGAGCCCCUCGGUGCAGCGUCCGCACCUGUCGGCAGACAAGAAAGGGGAAGGCCCGUGUAACUGCACCUGCAUUGCUGGUCCAGAACCUCCUGGAGACCCUCUAG